AUCAAGCUCCCAUCUUCCACAAAAAAUUUCCCAAACUUUCAAACUAAUGGCUUCGGAUACCCAAGGUACAAGUAAUGAAAAGAAGAUUCUAGUGGUCGAUGAUGAUAAUGGACAAAAAUCAACCAAUCAUGUUCAACGAGGACAGUGGCUUCGAGCUGCAAUUCUUGGCGCAAAUGAUGGAUUACUGUCCACCACUUCACUCAUGCUCGGAAUUGGUGCGGUAAAGGAGGAUCGAUUGUCCGUAAUUCUCUCUGGACUUGCUGGUGCUGUUGCAGGAGCUUGCAGUAUGGCUGUUGGGGAAUUUGCAUCUGUUUCAACUCAAAGAGAUAUUGAAGAAAUGGGUAGAACUCUGAAUUUUCAAACUAAGUUAUCAAAUCAGGAUCAAGAAUCACAAGAGAAUGUUAGUCGUACUAAUUUGGAUGUUUCACCUAAUAUCAUUCUUGGUGGAAGAAAGAGGGUAAUAGCUGGACUCAGUGAAAUGGCUGCAGUUUCACCAUUGACUUUGACAUAUGGGGGGAGCUUACAAUCUUUCUCACCAGGGAAAUCUUCGUUGACUAGGGUAAUUUCAGAGGAUGGCAUUGUAAAAUUGAAGAAAAAUGAUGAGAUCAUUGUGGCACUACCAAAUCCAGCACUAGCUGCCUCAGCAUCAGCUUUGGCUUUCUUAUUUGGUUCAUUUUUUCCACUGGCAACAGCUUUGCUAAUUAAGGAGGCCAAAGCGCGAACCAUUUUGAUUCCUAUUGUUACAUCAAUAGCUCUAGCACUAUUUGGGAGGAUAGGGGCUCGUCUUGGUGGAUCGUCAGUCAGCAUUUCUGCUUUCAGAGUUGUUGUUGGAGGGUGGAUAGCCAUGGGUAUAAGUUAUGGAAUACUAAAACCUUUCCAUGUUGAAGAUCAAGAAACAGAUUCAACUUAGCACUGCUAUGAGCAAGAGUGUAUUUCAUUGAAGAAAAACAAGUUACUGAUGUGUUCAAUCAUGCUUGUUUUCUAGAUCAUACUAUAGGGAAUGAAAAACUUUGAUCUUACCUCACAAAGUUUAUAGUCCUUGCAGAAACGGAGGGAGAAUACAUUUAGUGUUGGAACCGUCAUCUUAUCAUGUACUAUAAGUAUCGUCCUAGUGUUUAACCUAUUCUGCUACUUUCGAACUAGUUCUCAAUUUUACACCUUGGCCAUGAUAAUGUUCUUAGUGUGUACAAGUAUUAGGGGAAGUUAUUUUUUAUGAUCUG